GUAGUUUUCAACUUUUCCCUAUUUCUGGUUAUCAGAUUGUUCAUUUUUUUUGCCACAUCAAAAGGUCUUAAUGGUUCCUUUGUGAUUGUGACUCGUCCUUUUGUGAGCCCUUGCACACUCCCGUGUGUGUUGAUGUGUGAUGUGGUCAGCGGGUCAGGUGCCGUUGGCGAUGCCUGCUGUGUGCCCGCGUGUAGGGGGUAAGGAGUGGUGUUUUCAGGAUGCAGUAGGGGUGGACUGCAGCUCUCCAGAACCUCGCUGUAUCUGGGUGGCGGUUUUACACGGGGAUACACCAAAAAUAAACGUUUUGAACCUCCAAAAUGACACUAUUGAAAGCACAAAUGCCAUCAAUGCCAGCAGAGCACUGCCGAGACCCUCGCAGACCUGCAGGGCAAAGGGGCGGAGAGAUGGGAUCUCUUCAUCCAGUGAGAACCCUCGGCCGGCUGUCAGGAGCGGGGCAGAUGGGUUGGGCGUGUCCUGGCAGGGUCCACGUACACUGGUGCUCCAUAAGAACUCUCAGGGCUUUGGCUUCACACUACGUCACUUCAUCGUUUACCCGCCAGAGUCCGCCCUGCACACCAAUCUCAAGGCAUAUUCCCAUGAUGCCUACCUAAGAGGGAACAAUCCAUAUACAGGAAAGGCCCAGAAUCUUCCUCCACCACCCCCUGUCCUCUACCCUCCACGUACAAAAACCCAGCCUCCUGCGGGGUACCCCCCCAGCCCUGCCCCAGCUUCUUCACACAUGGGGCAAAACCAGCUGGACAACUGGAGCCGCUGGCCCGGCUCCUCGUCUGGUCCCUCUCCGCCCCUUGACAACCGGACAGUAGCUUCCAAUGCCGUCUGGGCAGCCGAGGGCAGAAGCUGUGAGCCAGGAGGUGUUGGUCACAGUAGCCCUGCACACCGAACUGAGGAGAUCCAGUAUGGAAUGACUGACAGGGGACAGCAGGCAACCGGACAAAUGAGAGGAUGCUCAUAUUCAUCAUCUUCCUCCUCUGGAGGGAUGAUGAGCCCAUUGCAUCAUGCUCAUCUCGCCAACCACAACGUGGGGCACAUCGGAGGCCGCAAGGAAAGCCCACCUUGGGCCAGCCCUUCUCAGUCAGCAUCAACACCCCCAUCCAGCCGCAGCGAAUGCACCCAACAAGCCCUUUCCGACUGGUACUACAGCCAGGUACCAGGCCGGGAACGGGAACGAGAGCGAUCAAAUUCUCGCUCUAUGCAUCCACGCCACAGGAGUUUCUCACAGGAUCGUCUAGGUGAGCUUGGAAAGGCCAGGCGUUCGCAGCAAGCAGGUUUUCCCCACAGUGCAUCGCAAGACACAUUGCUGCUGCUUCAGCAGAGCUCGGCAGCAUACGCCGAUCCUCACUGGAACCACGGAGACUGGCGGGGUGAACAUGCUUAUGGACAGCACCCAUCCGCAGUGGCCUAUGGGCGAAAGUCCUCCGAAAACCUUCUCGCAAGCCGGUACGGACAUUCGGGACGUUCACUGGAAACUCUCGACAGAGCUGUGGGGAUACUCUCACCACGACUCGAAAGAUCUACUUGGGUCCAGCAGCCUCCAAACAGGACUGAAAGCUAUCUGAGACGUGGCGGACAUUGUGAGUCACACCACCAAAUCCAGCAGCACCACCACCAACACACACCUCAGCAUCAAAACCUCUCACACGCAGCGCACCAACACUCAUCUCAGACUCCGCAACCACAGCAGGCAGCUCCACAGGCAAGACGUUUGCCUUCUUGCCAGAGUCUAGACGAGGAGACGAUCGGCUAUCGUAGCUACAGCCCCUCUUUCAACCGGAAGACCGGCCGUAUCUUGCAGCAAGCCCAGUCUUUCAGAGACCCCUCUUAUACAGGUCCACACCUCUGGACCCCUACACUCAAAACCAGUCCUCCAGAGGGGCUUCCACCCUCUGCCUCUCCUUCCCCAGUUCCACCAACCACCUCCUCUACAACUGCUAUUCCCACACCCCUUGAAGGACAAGACAGAACUUACCGACCCACUAAUCACGACAGAGGGGCAGGGGAAGCAACAGGUGAAGCCCAGACACAGGAAGUGGUUCUGAGGCAGAAACCACCCACCGGCCGAAGGGGUGCGAACGCCCUACGGCAUCCACAUUACGGCAUAGCACUUGACUCCAGUGACCCUCUACUCUUUACCUCUGAUCCUACGGAGCCCCCUGCCAAAGCGGAGAGUGCUAUUUCUCAUCGGCGUACGAACGGUAACCUACCACCGCUAUCCAUAGAGGAUGAUUCCCUCGCGUCAAUUCCCUUUAUAGAUGAGCCGACCAGUCCAAGUGCAGAUCUGCGGGCACGUCAUGUCCCCGCCUCCUCCGUCGUGUCCAGUGGCGGUAUAAACUCCGCCCCUGCUGUGGCCACAAGCCCCGCCUCCCCAACCGUCACCUUUCCCCUCAACCGCCUUUUCUCCCACGACUGCACAGGUGAUCCCAAGUCUAAUCGUCGCUCCUCUUACCUGCUGGCCAUCACUACUGAGCGCUCCAAGUCAUGUGAUGAGGGGCUUAAUGCAUAUAGAGAAGAGGGACGGGUCUUCUCGAGGAUUCCAAAAAGAGUUAAGAGCUUCUUUACUGAAGGGUCUCUGGACAGUCUGGGUGCUGCAGAAGAGGCUCGCUCUAAACGACACUCUACCUCGGAGCUGGGCAGCAUCAGCUACAGUGAUGUGAAGAGAGAAGGCUGGCUCCACUUUAAACAGAUCCACACGGAGAAGGGCAAGAAGGUGGGUAGUGCCAUCUGGCCUUGGAGGCGGGUGUUCUCCGUGCUUCGGUCCCAUUCUCUGUUCCUCUACAAAGACAAGCGAGAGGCAGUGCUCAAAGGGGCGGUGCUGGGAGGCGGGGCCGAAGAGGAGCAGCCAAUUAGCAUCCGGGGCUGCCUUGUGGACAUUGCGUACAGCGAAACGAAGCGCAAACACGCGCUGAGGUUGACCACACAGGACUUCUGUGAAUACCUGCUACAGGCAGAGGACAGAGAGGACAUGCUGGAGUGGAUUAGGGUCAUCAGAGAAAACAGCAAGACUGACAAUGAGGAAUUGGGUUUCUCACGACAAGCUCUCAUCAAUAAGAAACUUAAUGACUACAGGAAGCAAAGUCCAACGGGUAAUAAACCAGACUCCUCACCCAGAGUGCCUCGAAUGACAUUUCUGCUCAGUAAGCAAGACAACAGCGCACCUCCACGUUCCCCAAAACACGAGGCCAAAGAUGAAAGCAGCCCCCCUAAAUCUCCAUGGGGCAUAAAUAUAAUGAAGAAGGCUAAAAAAGCAAGUCCUAAAGUAUUUGGUGUGCGUCUAGAGGACUGCCAGCCUGCUACAAACAACAAGUUCAUUCCCCAGAUUGUGGAGAUCUGCUGUGGGUUGGUGGAGGACAUGGGUCUGGAGUAUACAGGGAUCUACAGAGUGCCAGGAAACAAUGCAGUAGUUUCCAGUCUGCAGGAGCAGCUCAACAAAGGAGGAGACAUCAACAUCGCUGAGGAGAAAUGGCAAGACCUGAAUGUGGUCAGCAGCCUGCUAAAGUCCUUCUUCCGUAAACUCCUAGAACCCCUCUUCACAGAUGACAAAUACAAUGACUUUAUUGAGGCCAAUCGGAUGGAGAAUGCCAGUGACAGGCUAAAGACAAUGAAGAAACUGAUACGUGAUUUACCAGAUCAUUACUUCCACACUCUAAAAUUCCUAAUUGGACACCUAAAGACUGUGGCAGACCACUGUGAGAAGAACAAAAUGGAGCCGCGUAAUUUGGCGCUGGUGUUUGGCCCCACUCUUGUCCGGACCUCAGAGGACAACAUGACAGACAUGGUCACCCACAUGCCUGACCGCUACAAGAUUGUGGAGACUCUCAUUCAGCAUCAUGCCUGGUUUUUCAGUGACGAACACGAAAAAGAUGAAAAGACACCAGUGGACACAGAGGACGUUCAGCCCGCCCCAAACAUAGAUCACCUCCUCUCUAAUAUUGGUCGGACGGGCCCGCUUGGGGAGGCAUCAGCUGAGCCUGUGGAACAACCACUGCGGUAGGAUGGGUUUCCCCUGCCAUGCACUCUGUGUGUGUGUGUGUGUGUGUGUGUGUGUGUGUUUAAUGGCUACAGUAUAUGCACAAGUGAUGGAGGUGUUUAUGGCCCCGUUUACAUCUGCUGUUAACAUCUGUGUUAAUUCAAAGUGCUAAAUAAAGCUGUCAACAGGAUACUUAUUUAUCCUCUAAUUCAAACAGAAUAGCUCAGGUGUAUCUAAUAUUUUGUAAUUUUAGAGCAUGAUAACGUAGGUCUAAAUUAAAAAUAGCAACUUAAUUUGUUAUUUAAAGUGUUUCUUAAAUGAUUUUUUGGACAUUUCUAGUUGAAAUGUUAUAGUUUACAUUUCAGUUCUGACUAAAUAAGUAGGUACUGCUUAGCAUAGACCAUAUUCAGUAUCGUUCAAACUGGGUCGGUAAGAUUUUUUGAAUGUUUUCGAACA